UUUCGUAGCCUUUGUUCACCGUCACAACAGAACUACCGCUCGCUCAUGACGACUACUCUAUCCUCUCUCGCAAUGGCGGUGAACAGCAUGUUACAGCCAUGACGGUUUCUAACACUAUGGCCGAUUCUUCCUCUAGGGAGCCUAAUGAGGAAGGAGAACGGAAACAAUCAAUAUCACACCAUCGGGAAAAGAGUCUAACUCCUUACGAACGACUGACACACGAUUUAGCUCACGACGAACGCUAUCUGAAAGAAAUAACUCUCGGCAAACGAAUUGGAUUUUAUCGCAUUCGAGGAGAGUUAGGAAGCGGAAACUUCUGUCAGGUCAAAAUGGGAAUACAUUCACUCACAAGAGACAAGGUUGCUAUCAAGAUUUUAGACAAGACAAAGUUGGAUCAGAAAACUCAACGAUUGUUAUCAAGAGAAAUUUCUUCUAUGGAAAAGCUUCAUCAUCCCAAUAUUAUCAGACUUUACGAAGUAAUCGAAACGCUCUCGAAGCUAUACCUUGUGAUGGAAUACGCUGCUGGUGGCGAAUUGUUCGCUCGAAUUUCGAAUGAGGGUAAACUACAUGAACGAACAGCUCGCCGAAUAUAUGCUCAAGUGACAUCCGCUGUUGAACAUAUGCAUGAUAAUAACAUCAUUCAUCGCGAUCUCAAAGCAGAGAACGUGUUCAUUGCUGGUCCGAAUCUUGUAAAAGUUGGCGAUUUUGGGUUUAGUACUUUGUCGACAAAGGAUAGCACACUGAAUACCUUCUGCGGCUCGCCACCCUAUGCUGCUCCAGAGUUGUUCAAGGAUGAACAUUACAUCGGUGUUUAUGUCGACCUGUGGGCUUUAGGAAUACUUCUAUAUUUCAUGGUAACUGGUGUUAUGCCAUUUCGAGCGGAGACUGUCGGAAAGCUGAAGAAAUGUAUUUUGGAUGGAACUUAUUAUUUGCCGGAGUUUUUGUCCGAUCGCUGUAAAUUUCUCAUAAGGAACAUUUUAAGACCUGUUCCCACAGACAGAUUUACUAUGGAAGAGAUAAAGCAUUCCGCUUGGCUAGAAGGAGAAUCUUUUCCACGGCCGGACACCAAAUAUAGUCUGCGACCUCCAGAGGACAAGUUAAGUGAGUUAUCUGAGGAUGAAAGGGACGCACUGAACACGAUGAAAGAACUUGGUAUUUCUUCUGAUCUAUAUGCAAACUGCAGAGAUUCAAGAGACAGUAUAACAGGGACCUAUAGAGUGAUACUGCAUCGAAUUGCGAAAAAAAAAAUAGAGCUUAUGCGAAAAACGUCAACUUUGAGUAGUUAUAGUAACAACAAUCACCUCAUGACAGACUCUCGACCACAGAAGGCUGAAAACAACGAGAGAAAUGCGAAAGCACAACCUAAAUCCAAAUUUUGUACAAUCCUGUAGUGAUCCUAGACACAAAAUUGUACUACAGGCGCGAACUUAGCUUAUAAUUAUCGAGGUACUGAAAUCUUGAAUUCUUAAUUUUUAAUUUUGAAAUUUAAACCUAUUACUAUUGUUGCGCUGAGCAGAUUUGAACGGAUUUCAUCUUUGAUAUUCCAUUGUGUGUUUCAUGCAGGUUCGUGAAUUAUCAUUGUUUAUCACAGAUUUACUCUUGAGUGGUGUUUGCAUACAGUUUUCACACAUUUUUACUCAAACAUUUGUACAUAAACAUAUCAUUUGUGAGGCUCUCUUGAAAGAAAUCGAGACAUGCAAACACUACAUACAUAAAUCAUUUGUUUGGUUACGUUUCUAAGUUGUGGCAGGAGACCAUCAGUUGUAAUAUAUUAUCAUGAGUGUGAGGGAUAUAAAAAUUUUCUUUGCAAAAUGCUUUAACUGACAUAAAAAGAACCAAUCAUUGGAAAUUAUCAUAAACUCAAUUGAAUGAGCAAAAACUUACUGGAUCAAUUUGUGAGGUAUUAAAUUAAAACCUCAAAGGACUGAGUUGUGAAUAUUUAAUUUAGAUUUUCUCAUCUUGUAUUGUUCUUCCAUUAGUUAACAGUCUCAUGCAGUCGUAUUCAAGUUGCAUAAUCUUUCUCAAUAUUAUUGCCUUGUAUUGUAACCAAUCAGAUGGUUAUAAGCUCAUAGACUGUGUUAAUUAUUUAUUUGUCGUUACACACACUAAUAAUUGUAAAUUUUUAACCAUGUUGACAACAAAUGCCCUGUCUAUUCUCACGAUCACAUUCAAUGAUAACAUAUGUUCAAGAAACUUGAACAUGACAUUUUUCAGACAUGCUCAAAUAUAAUUUAUGUCCCCAAAGGCAAGUAAUCAAAUUGCCAUUUAAUAUUGACUUCCGCAAAGUCCAAUAUACUAAUAAUUUAAACAUGACAUUGGCAGUUUUGCGUAGAUGUAAAAUAACUGUAGAUUAUUCAACACCUUUUGUAUAUAAGACAGAGUGAUCUUUGCAGAAAAAAAGUGCCCCAAAAUUUGUAGAUAUUAAAUUUUUCCAAAAGUUGGAGCAUAUUUUUGCAAAGUAAGUUUCAUUUAUUCUAUUUAAGUCCAGCAUCCUUCUGGUAUGAAAAGGACAAUAAAGUAUAUUUUUUCA